GAAAGCGUGUAUUCAUCCGACUAAAUUAGAGUAGGGUCUUGAUGGAGUGUGCGAUCUUUGGGAUUUAUGUGGCCCUUCCGUGAUUGGGGUGAUGGCUUCUUUACACCCCUUUAUUCUAGGUGGAAUAUAUGGAUUAAUAAUACUAAUACGCACAUUAGGGGUGCUUUGCUCAGAAGGGACAGAAAUCGAUGCAGGAUUACACUUCACAAUUGAACCUCAGGAUACGAUCGUCAAAAAGAACGAACCCGUCAUAUUUAACUGCAGCGCAUGGACGUUACCCGAGUUUGAACCUUUGAAAAUAUCAUGGACGCACAACGACGCCGUUAUCAAUGAUGACCGGCGUGUUGUACUCAGGAACGGGUCGUUGUAUAUAAAACGUGUGUCACAUCGUAAGAAGCGCGGAUUAUCAGACCUCGGCCGGUAUGAGUGCAUCGCCACAAACCUGAUCGGGGCAAUUGCCAGUCGCAGUGCAAAGUUACAAAUAGCAUCUUUAUCAAGAUUUACCUCAGAUUUCCACCCUGUUGCUGUAGAGACGGGUGGAGUCGCUCGCCUCGUGUGUAAUAUUACGGGUGUUCCAGAGCCCACGUUUCUAUGGGAAUUCGACCGUUCUCCUCUACCUCUUGCAAAAACCAAAAAUAAAUUUCAAAAAUAUUUUCAACUAUCCUCAGGUGUUCUUCAGAUAUAUAACGUCAGUACGAGUGACGCGGGUCUCUACAGAUGUAAAGCUUUUAAUACGGCAAACCAGCGCAGUCGCGAGAUAUCAGUCAAUGUAUCAGGAAAUAAUCAAAAUAUCCAACCUCAGGCACCAAGAAUAGUCGCUGGACCACUAAACCUCACCGUGUCGGCAGGAAAUUCCGUCACGCUCGAAUGUUUGGUCUCAGGUUAUCCAUCUCUUCAAGUCAGCUGGACGCGGCAAGAUGGCAAACAACGCCGUGGCCGUAUUGUUGGUCAGGGUAAUCUCGAAAUCACCUCUGUCUCGCAUCGAGAUGCUGCAGCCUAUACCUGUCACGCCAAAGUUGCCGGAUUCUCGCGGGAGGUCCAGUCCACUGCCACACUUAGCAUCAUUUCUCCACCAGUAAUACGACAAGCACCAACGAGUCUCAAUCAGGUCACUGCAGGGACGGUGCGCUUGGUGUGUCAGAUUGAGGAAGGGGUUCCCACACCCACGAUUCGCUGGCUCAAGAAUAACGAUGUACUUCACAUUAACGGCCGAAUCAAGGAGAUGUCCGACUCGGUCCUUGUAAUAUCACAGCUUGACUAUUCUGAUGCAGGUUAUUAUCAAUGUAUCGCCACAAAUGCAGCAGGAGAGACUAAAUCGGCGGCGAGGCUUCAAGUCAAGAAAGUUGAUAACGCUCCAGCCCCACCCAGGAAUCUACGAGCCUCGACAAAAUCUAGUGAAGCCAUCUACCUCGAGUGGGAACCGCCAGAUUAUGAAGGCGACAAACCGAUCAUUGCGUUCUCCGUGCAUUAUUAUCCAUCUGAGGGAACCAGCGUAACAGAGGAACAGGAGGUCGUCCAACUGAGCCAUCACGUCAUGGAGAAUCUCCGACCGUUCACCAAUUACACAUUCUAUGUCGUCGCCUACACACCAGCCGGCGCUAGUGACAGGUCGCGUAUGGUGGUGCAACAAACGGGUGAAGCAUUGCCAGUUGGCGGACCUCAAGUCACCUUGACAACCAUGUCACCGACCUCCAUCAAGGUCGAAUGGGGUGAACUUCCGCCCUUCAUCGCUCAAGGUGUGGUCACAGGUUACAAGGUGAUCUACCGUCUCCACAACCAGCCAUCAGAGAUGGUUGAGAGCGUCCCAGGGACUGCCCGCAAAUACAUCAUCAACAACCUCGACCCAUUUACGAGUUAUGAUAUUCGCAUACUAGCAGGGAACAAGGUUGGAUUCCCUGAUUUGGACGACGGGGAUUUGCCGUGGGUGACAGAGAAGACACCAGGCCAGUCAACACCAGAAGCACCGCAGCCUCCAGAGAUGCAGUUGGUCCCUAUCAGCCCAACAAGCGUUAUGGUCUCGUGGACUCCCGGCAAGGGAAAGAUUCUUGGCUACAAGUUGUACUAUAACAUUAUCGGCUCAGAGACAAAGAUCGGUCCGAUCAUCCUCCUGAACAACAGCGUUCGUCAUCAGUUUAAUAAUCUACCUGCCUCCACCUGGUGUGAGUUCAGUAUACUAGCAUUUAAUACAUUUGGUUAUAGUCCGCAGGUGGUGAAGUCUGUCAAGACCAAGGACCCACCCGUCAAUGGGACGGAUCAAGUGGAUGAGACACCCGUCCUCCUCCCACCGCCUAGCCCGGUAAAGAUCCGCGGGAAACCCCUUGGCAACAGUGAGAUUCUUCUUGAAUGGGAGAUGCUACAGCAUCCGUUUCCCAUAACCAACUACACGAUACGAUACUACGCCGUCACACCCAACGAGGAGAAGGAUGAGAAAUUGAGUGAGAGCUCUGGUAUGCGGUGUCUGUUCACCAACCUACGGUCUUACACGGUGUACGAGUUCUCAGUCUGCGCACAUAGUCAGGGCAUCCCUGGGCCGUUCAGCAAGAAGGUCAGAGUCCGCACGCAGGAAGGAACUCCAUCACCUCCAGUAGGCUUAUCCAGCAAGGUGCUGGUCCCCGGCAUUGUACGUCUUGACUGGCGCCCCCCAGAGGAAGCGAACGGAGUCAUUGUAUCGUACAUAAUUAUGUACAACAUGGACAAGGACCAACCAGAGUUGUAUUGGCUAAAGAAAAUACAGAAUGGUUCGAGUACCUCGGUCCGCCUUGAAGAUCUAGAAAUCGACAAACCAUACUACUUCAAGCUGCGAGCGCAGACGAGUGCUGGAGAAGGUCCGCCCACGCCAGUCCUCGAGGUGAAGAUGUGUGAGGGUCCGCUGUGCCGGCCACCCGUGCCAAUCCUGCCUGGUGGCGGCGGUUCAUCCACGGUAGCUGGGAACUCUACCUCGACACCGACUGAGGAGAGCGGUACUGGAGACCAGAUGAUGGGUAUCAUCAUCGGCGUAUCCAUCGGUGGUAGCUGCAUCAUCAUCUGUAUCAUAAUCAUUACACUUUGGAAAAGAUGCUGUUCAGCGGCUGCCCGUGGCCCAUCAUCCCCUGCCCACUUUGCGGGGAGCCAGCAACUGCCCGCCAAUGGUGACGCGGAGAGCCAACCAGGGCAUUCGGCACCGUACCUGGAAUUUGAAAGCUACACACCGAUGCUGGAGCUGCUUCCGGAGAAUUCCGCUCUUGACACAAAGGGCGGCACUGGUGGAGGUAAUUCAUCUGCCAUUUUGGAACGGCGGAUGAAUUGUCGAGAUGGCCCAACCGCAAAUGGUCUGGAGGAUUCCCAGCAUUUGUUGGCGUCAAGCCAGAUUUGGGUUGAGCAGGAUAGUAUACAGGGCCAUGACCAUGAGACAUCGCAGCUCCAUAGUUCAGGGAAUAUUACAACAUCAGGGAACACGUCGGUUAGUGGGCCACCGCAUCCCGGUCACCCCUCAGCUAACAGCAACCACAUUAAUACGGGUCAGAAUCAACCAUGCACGUGUGAACGUGCAGUGCUCCAGUCAGAGGAGGACAAUUCUAACCAAUCUGGGUUACCUGGCAACCAUGUGCUGUCACCUGGCAACCAUGUGCCGUUACCUGGCAGCCACGUACCAUUACCUGCCAACCAUCAGCCAUUACCUGGCCACCACAGCAGGUCAAACUCACCAUUGCACCAAGAUGACGCAACAGUGUGCAACUUAUCAAAAUCUUGUCCAGUCACUACGGCAACUACCUCAUGUUUAGAUGAUGUCAAUGGCAACCCAAAAGAUGGCAGCACCAGCAGCAACAUGAAUCGUAUGCAGGCGAUUUCAGGGCAGUCUCAUGACCGACUUCAAAAUGCACGACCAAAACAAUCAAGGAGACGAGAUGCAAAGCAGACUCAGGAACGUAACUCCGUAGGUGGUACUCUGCCAAAUUCUAAUUCUAAUUCAACACAGGGGGUCUCCAAGUCAUUAUCUUAUGAUGCCUCUGGUUAUGCUCAGGUGGGACCACUAGGGGGCAGUAUGGUACGGCAGCCGGAUGGAAAUGUGCAUUGUUGAAAACCACAUCUGCUCUGGAAACCAAAUGCAGCAUUUUUUAUUAUUCAGGUGUUAGUUACGGUUCCUGGUCGCUAUGGCAACUACAUACAAACAACCACUCCUAGCAACCUGGAGCUGUCAAACUGUGGAUCUUUUCACUUCAUUCGGAAAUGCGGGUCAUAAUCAUUUUUGUCGUGAAAUUUCGUACCGUCGUGGAAAUUUGUGACGGUGUUCUCGCAAUUCAGAAAUUUGCAUAUAUGCGGAAUCUCGGAGCAUUGCGUGUAAUUGUCAUUUUAACUUUGAACAGAUGUGUAGUGGCUUGCUGUGUAAUAGGGUAAUUAAGUCGGUGACCUUGACCUUUGACCUUCAUGUUUGACCUAUUAGGCACACAGGGUAUGUUUAUGGGGUCGUCACCAAUGCGCUUAUUUAAGCUGGAAACUAUUUAGAUUCAUCAGGAAGAACUACUUUGACUCAGGAUUCGAUGUGAAAGCAUGGAAGGAGCAGCUAACUUUCUGGUCGUCAUGGCAACCUCUGUUAUUGUUUACCAACAGAAGUCAUGGAAACAGUUACUGCCAUGUCCUUGCUCUUCUCUCUGGAACAACCCUGCUGGGGCCUGUAACUAAACUGGCUGAUGUUGCCAUGGUAAUCGGUUCAAUGUUGUUUUAGUGACAACGCAUUGACAUGAGUUGCCGGGUAAAUUGUGCUGCCAUGGUUGCAAUCAAAUUGUUACUAGGGAGUGACGUAGUAGCCAUUGUAAUGUCAAGUCAUAUUCAGCUUCAGACUUCAGACAGUGUACAUAGGUGUUAUUUAACCCUGUAUACAGGUCAAGGGUUAUCAUGACAGCUUGGGCAAACACACAUGAUUACUAUGGCAACGUGGGCCUGUAUCAGGGUUAGCAUGACAGCAUGCCCGGACACUGUUACUAUGGCAACAGGAAGAUAGUAAGACUGGUUCCACGUGGCACCAGAAAAUAAUUUUUUUUCAGGAAAUCACUUUUCUCUCAGUUCUUUGUGUUUUGACAGUUGUUUGAUGAUAAAACCAGCCUUUAUUGUGUCUCAAAGUUUAUUGUUGCAUGUUUUUGGAUGUUUUGUUGAUAUUUCGGCAGCAGAUGCAAAUUAUUUUGACUUGAAUGAAGUUUUGCUUACGUUGUCUUGACAACAGAUCGUUCUGAUGCAGUGUCGUCAUUUGUAAACAAACCUAUGUUGCCAAUUGUAAUGGGAAUUGUUUUACAUGAUUUUGGACCAGAUGUUAUUGAAAUAUUAUAUUGAAAUUAUUAAUGCAAUGUGCAGGGCGCUUUAAUUUCCAAAAUGUUUUUAGAAAAUGAUUAAAAUUUGAUUAAAAUCAAUUUAAAUUGAAUUCUAUUCAAAUUUCUAUUUAAAAUCAGUGGAUGUGCUUAUUUGGAAAUUAUAUAGAAAUGUUUUAAGAAUCAUUACAGAAAAUGUGCUCUAUAAAUUAUUGAAUUAAUGGAUAAGCAAUCAAGUAUCGGAUAUUAAGAAUGUUUGGAAGCAAUUUUCAUUGAGGCUGGUUUUAAACAAAUUCAUCUAAUUGUUUGUUUUUGUUGUCAAGAUGGCCAUGUGACAUUUAUGGCCAAACAUUUUCCUGUUUUCUCGACUCUGUUAUUGCGUUAAGGGAUGCGACAUUUCCAAUUUCUGGAGGAUUAGUGCUUUUACCCCUCCUUAAAAGGGCUUAUUUGAUAGCAGAGAUAUCUAUGCCUCAGCUCUCCGUAGAACUUGGCAUUUUCAAAACGGGUGAAAAAUAUACAUUAUAAAUUGAAAACUUUAAUCAGUUUUCUUCUUCUGUGCACUGUCCCAUCCCUGUGCAAAUGAAGAAUUGAGAUGCAAGUAACGUCUUUCUGAAAAAAAACUGAGAUAGCUAUGGUAAAAUGUGAAGCUCACAUAACCCCCAUCUAAGUACAAAACCACUUCAUUGCAAACCUCAAACUGAACCAUUAGAGUCCUGGCAGAAAGUUGCGUUCACUGAGAAGAUCUGAAAGGACUCUCAAAGGACUUUACACUUAUUUCCCAGCUGAAACCUUUCAGUGAAUGUCUAUUUAAAUGCGAAUGAAUAUUGGGCCUUCGAACAGGAAAAUGUCAUGACAAAUUACCUUUGAAUUGACAUAAUGCUCCUCGAGGCAACACCUGCUGUACUAGCUUUAAGUUUGCGGUCACAAUCACGGAGGCCUCAUCAAUGGAUAUAUACCGGUUGUGGGGUACUUGCUCCUUAAAAAUAUUUUAUGUUUGAAAUAUGUGUUGGAUUCAUAAGGCAGCUUUAUAAAGUGGAUCAUUUACUGUUCACGUGGAAUCAUGAAAUCAUGAAAAAAAAAUUUAUUUCAAAAUUUGCCAAAAUAAAUAUCAUAAGAAUUUUGGGGUUUUCAGAAUUUUUUUUUCUAAUUAAAAGAAUUUUUUUAAAUCAGGUUUUCAAAUUUUUUUUUCUAAUUGAACAAAUAAAAAAUUAUGGGUUUUCAGAUUUUUUUUCUGAUUGAAAGAUUAAAAAAUUUGGGGGUUUUUAGGAAUUUUUUGUUCUAAUUGAAGUGGUCUGUACAAGAACCCAGUGACCAGUGUUUUCAGCGAAAUGGAGUUAUUGGUAUCAUUUUUUCAUCGGACUGAAAUCAGAAGCAUUGCUGUUAUGCGGUACCAGUCUUUAGAUAUUGAAAAUACCCUCAAAAAGAGUACCCAAUGAACAGCAGUAUCUCUGAGAGCAGGAACCAGGUUUAUGUAAUGCUUUAUGCAUUGGACUGUCCGUGGAUUAGAUAACAUCAUUGGGGCCAAAAUUAUAUACUUGGGAAGUGCAUAAAGCACAUUUUCUCAAAAGGACAGAAAAGUUGGUUACAGAGUUUUUGCAUUGGCCCCUUCAGUUAAAGGGUGACAAAAAAUGUCUUUGUCGUUGGGUCACAAUUUUUCUAUAUCUCGGCCAAGAGAUUGGGAAAAUACUUUGAUAUUAUUGGAAGUUGAGGUUCUAUUUAACCCCUUAACGGUAGAGCCAUUUUGGAAAAGAUGGCAGUUAUUUUUGAAAAAGAAGUAUCUCAUUCGUAGCUGAAAAAACAGCUCUAACUGCUCAGUUCACUGAACACUAAAAUUUUCAAAAUGAAAAUUUCACAAAUUCGUUAAUACAUGUAAGUGACAUCAUGUGACUUUAUCAGCAUAAUUACCACAACUAUAAUUAAAAAAAUUAUAAUGAUAAAAAAUCUUUAGCCUUAUUAUAAACAGUUCGCUCAUCAUCAGUGAGAACAUUCUCAUAUAUAGUUAUUAUUGUGCAAGUGUGUGCCGUUUAAUGAACAAGAUUUUUACAAACAAAAGAAUUUCACUCUUUUUGCCAAUACCCAUUGAAAUCCCUGUUUAUUCUUAGCAUACCGGUAUAACUCCAAAGAUGUCGACCUUCACCUUUGAUCACUCCAUGUGCUUAUUUGUAACUUUUCAGGAGAAAUUGUAUUGGAAUUUAAAAAUUCUCUUGGUGCCAUAUUUGUGGGGGUUUGUGAAUUUCGUUAUCAGAAUGUACUUGUUUCUCCGGGUCAUACACAGGUGGUGCUGAGCAGCGACGUUUGGUGACGAAAAACCUCAGCUGCCACCAGUAGGGCAUGUACCUAGGCACAAGGUUCUGAUAAUGGUUCAAGUGAGAAAGAGCAUUGUGUAAGCGCCAGACGGGCAUGUGAAAUUCGAAGUGCCAUAUUAAGCUUCUUCAAAUUCUUACUGAUAAGACACACCAAUGUUUUACUUUAAUGAAUGAUAUUAUUGUGCACAUGUUUUUUACUAAGAAUCUGAAUUUAUUUUCCCAUUGGAACAUAUAAUUCUAAGGGAAAAUGUCAGUAUCUGGUUGUUCAUAAUAUGUGCCAAAUAUUGUCUUUUAGUUAAUCGUCGUUGCGUUUUCUUUGGUAAGGAUUGCCUGUAUUUCAUGUUAAGCAGUAAAUAUUGUGUAAAUACUAUUGUGUGUGACCUUUCGCUGUGUUGUCUUGGUAACAAUUAUUAUUGCAACUGACUCAAUAGAAAGUGUUGCUAUGGCAACUGUCGUGUCUAUGGCAGCUUGUCAGUUGCUAUGGUGAUGGUUGCUGUGGAAGCAGUUACUAUGGGGAUGUAAACAUUUAUAGACUAGUGAGCUGUCAGUCAAAAAGUGUCGCACAUGUUUCUCAAAUGCUCAAUGUAAUUGAGUCAAAGUGACUAAUUCCAUUUUGACUUUUUAAGCGUGUUCUUUUAUGAAAUAUAAUAUUUAAUCGUAAAUCUCGCCCCAUACGACUCUUACAUGGCUUUUGUGUUGGUUCACACUCCUCUCAUGAGAUGAUCAAGAUAAAAUCUGACUCAUCAAAUUCAGAGCAAAAUUAGUAGGCCCUUCUCCGUAUUGCUGAUAAGUUGGACACCAAAAUAAAGGCCAGUGAUAAAUAUUAGAGGUGUAUUAUGGAAAUCUUCCUAGCAACAACCAUGACAUAUCUCAGGUUACUCUCUUCAAAUUUCUAAGAUCUUUUCUUUACGGCCAAAUGUCAUUUCUCCAAGGUCAAGGUCAGUUCUGAGGCCAAGGUAAAUUCCAACAGGCCAAGGUUGGUUCUCAAAUACCACUUUGGUUAUUAACGGCCAUGGUCAAAUCUCUCGUGCCAAGGUUACUUCUAAAAGGCCAAAGUCACCUCUAUCGGGCCAAGGUCGCUACUGAAUGGCCAGAGUUGUUUCAAAGGCCAUGGUCUUUUCUAUCAGGCCAAAGGUCAUUUCUAAGGCCAGAUGCAAUGUCCCUCAAGAUAGGUCAAACAAUCGUACUUCCUGCUGAAUAUGUAGAAAUGCUAACAGUUGAUAUAUCGACAUGUUCAAAUGUCUCGGCCAGUAAAAUAUGUCAAACGUGAUUAAUCUGCUGAAUCAAUAAAAAUUUGUCCAAAUAAAUAAAUAAAUUUGUCUUAUGAAAGAUUGUAAAAUUUAUGAAAUUUCAUAAAAUGCCAAGAAAUGCUCACUUAUUGUCAAACUAUCUCAUGAAUCCAGGAAAUCCUCAUUUCUGAAGCGUCAUUUAACAUACAUGUAGGCCAAAUUAGUCUUUCACCAGGUCUAGACGUGCAUAGUUGUCCCGAAAGCUCUGGACCCAGUGCACAAGGUCGUUUCUAAAAGGCCAAGGCCAUUUCUCAUCCCGAAAGCUCUGGAUUAAGUGCGCAAGGUCGUUUCUAAAAGGCCAUUAGAUCCCAUUCCGCGGUUGUCUAUCGUUGGACAGCUCUGGACCAAGCACACACCCGCCGUGUUUCUCUAUUCAUAACCGAUUGUGCCUCAAUCUAAAUGUACCACGUUUCAUCAUGGGUUCGCCAGAUUCCCUUUAGCAUCAAACAUUCGCCUCUGGCUGACUUGAGAUGAAAUCCAUUUUACAUUGAAAGGGCUUCGAGCACACAGGACAUAAUGCAAUUAAAAGGAAAUUGUUGUUGACAAGAACAGAAAGACAGUGUCGCCGUCUAUUAUAAGAACUGGGCAUCGAUGGUAUGUUUGAAAGGCUUUGACCACAAAGGACAUAGUACACUGUUAAUGUGUGGCUCGUAGAUGGCAACAUUGUCUACUGUGAUCGUCCGAAGCUCAACUUUUUCAAAAUUUCACUUAUCUUUUUUGUGCUCUUAGCUCCUUGUUGUUUCUUUGCAAAAACUAAGGCAGCACUUCACAGUGCAGCAUUUGACCUUGUAAGGUUGAGGGGAGGAUGAGAAUACGUCUGUAAUGAUGCAGUUUUAAAAUUGUGCAUCUGCAUCUUGAAAUAUCUGAUGCAUUUCCGACUCUGUCAAACUUACAUUCGCCCUCUGGCCUGUAUUGGUGUGUGAGAGAUAAUUGGUGUGACACUUCUUGAUUGACAGCUGCCAAUUAGUCCAGUUUUGUCAAUCAGGUCAUUUAGAAAGUAUCUUAUAACAGUAUAUAUAAAUAUAUAUUUGUCGAAUUUGUAAAAGGGCUAACAUGUCCCUUAUUUAAUUGGCUGUCAUGUGACCUCGUUAGUAGCUGUAAAUUGUCAAUUACAGUCACUUUCAAAGACUUGAAGUUCUUACGAUACCUUGAAAGUUCUUAGUCAUGUGACUAGUGUUCAUUAACAUAAUAUUUAGGUUUCUUGUAAUCUGAUCGGCUGAUGAGGUCAGGUGACACGCCUUGUUAUACAUGACAGGGGUUGUGGGAUUUGGUGGUGUUACAUGUUUUACGGAGGAAGGGACAGCAAUUUAGUGGCGCGUCUUUCUAGGGGGAGUGAGGUGGACAGGAAAGAGUCUUGACUGUCAUGCACCCAAAAACCAGCUAUUUUAAUGCUAAAACCUGCAAUGAUGAUUGCACGCAACCAAAAUUGCUUGUUUGUGGUGGCCGCGGUAGCCGCUUGCAGUGAGAAUCAGUAAUCCCAUUGUCCUGCAAUCAAUAUUGAUUGUACCCACUGAUGCGAUUAUCUUUUGUCGCACACAAUGCAGUGAUUAAAAUCACAGGUUGCAGUGACAAAAUUUGGCUGCACUUUUAAGUCUCGGUGUGUGAGAAGUGCUGAAGUUGUCAUUAGGAAAAGCUGACUUACAAAUUUUAAAGAUAUUGCUGUGGAUUACCGAAUGUGUCCUCAAACAGCUUGUAAAAUGUGAGUGUUCAGAAACCAAGGGUUCAAUACCGUGUUGCUUUAAGUUUCCCCUUCAAAGGCCUGCCACGGUUGUCUUGUAUUCCACCUAUUUUUGUGUUCACCACCUGUUUUAAGAGUUUGAUUGCUCAGGCUAAGUUAGGCUGACUGCUCCGUGGUCUGAAACAUUUAAAGGGAGACUAGAUGUACAAGACAGAGAUAGGUCAGAGCCACUAGUUGGGGAUCUCUGAUCUGACAGUACAUUGAAACUAUUCAUGCUUGUAUGAGGCAUGUACUGUGUACGCUAUUUAUCCAGUUGAUGGGCGCCUGUACAAAAGGCCUAAAUUACACGUAAUAGGCCUACAUGGAACAGCUGUACCAAGACCGACUAAAUAGCGCCUACACAUUACUUCGUGUUGAAUCAAUUUAACCUAGUCCCCAUCUCUGCUUAUUUGACACCUAAAGAUGACCAGUUUGACUGCGUAGCCUUUGCCUUUAGCCUCCCUUUGAAGAGUAUCUGUCGUCUUUCUGUCAGCUGACGGGUGUAACACAACACUGAUGCGACAGGAGUUGUGGACGAGGCUUACAUAGAAGGAUAAGUACUUCGUUUGCCCUGCACUGAGGAAUGUAGAAAACAUCAAAAAGUGAAUAAUCGUCAGAACGUGCUUACAUGACCGAUCAUUGGAAAGUGCUCGAUCGGCACUUUCUUGUGGUUCCAUUUGUAAACCUAUUGACAUUUUCUCAAAUCUUUUGCAGGUUCAGUGGUGUGCUCGUUAAGGUGUAAAUUAUCUCUAUGUCACGGCGUAGGCAACUUAGUCCAACUUAGCCUGGAACUAACUGUAGUUUAUAAAAGUACUUGGUGUAAUGAAUCUACCUCAAAAGACCAGCAGAUGUCUGAACUCAGGGAGACACUAUUGUGACAUUUUGCUGGUCAAAGUCGUGUUGCGCAUCAUCAGUUCAUGUGUACGCAUCAUCAUAGUGUGUAUUGCACAUCAUUGCGUUGUGUAUGGUACAUCAACAUUUUGGGAAUAGCGCAUCAUAGGUCUUUGUUCAAAUGAUCAUACCAGAAAAUUCAGGGCAGUAAAAUCUGAAAUCUGAGGUUUAUUCAAGAUAUAGAACAUUGAAAAGUUCAUCUUUCUCCAAGGUUCAAUGUUUGUACAAAUGUCUAUCCUAAUUUUGCAUGUUGGCUGAUAAUUUUGAAAUGAUUAGGUCAAAACUUUUGCAAGGUGAUCACAUUUGGGGAUGGGCAUGCAGCUAGAAAUCAUUAGAGUGGAACCUCUCUAUUACGGACACAAGUGCUGUCCUUAAUUAAUAGAGAGGUGUCCUGAGAGGUCAAAUUGAAGGGAAACCUCCAAUUUGGGACCAAAAGUAUUGUCCUGAAUAGAGAGGUGUCUGCUUAAGGGAGGUUCCACUGUAUAUAAAUAUUCACACUCUCCAGUUAAAGUUUUCUGUUUUCGUACCCUCUACAGAGGGCGCUCUGCAUCGUCACCGCCUCUUGCACCCUGAUUAUUUACUCAACAUACCAAUGAGUUUAUGUCGGGAAAGUUUGAACUGGGCAAGACAUGAACUGGCUGAGCUGAUGUGAUGGCCUAGUGGUUGAGGCCUUGUGACCAACAGCCUCUCGCCUUGUGCCUGGCACUUCAGGAGUUUGUGAUUAAGGGGAUACACCAUUCGUAAUUUAACUCACAUGUUCCAUGAAAAUAGGAAUGCAGUUAUACACACUGUUGGAGUGCAGUUAUUAUGCAUACAAAUUUGCUGAAACUUGGUAUGUAUAAUAUUUGUAUAUCUGAUGGCAAUGCUGAAAUUUAUAUUUUGUCUGUGUUUACGAAAUUUGAAAUUUUCAAAUUCAAUGACAAUUACAAUUUUAACAAAUGACGUAGGCCUUUAAAUAUUGUCUCGUAAGCCAAGACUGACUGGCUCUUUGUGUAGAGAUGACAACUGACAUGUGAGCAAAGAGCAUGGCUCAUUCCCCUUGAGGAAUAAACAUGCCGGUACAAAUACAUUGUAACAGCAUUCAGAUUCUGUUUAUUUUCAAAUGGACCCUGUGUUUAGGUAUUAUCUAAGUACAUGUAUUAGACUGAUCAUUGGGUUGUUCCCAGGUAGCCAAUUGUGUAUGCUCUUCCAAUGAUUACAUAAGGUGCAGUAUAUGGUGAUGGCUACCUGGGGACGAAGGGGGGGCACUGAUUACAUUUGCUGCCACCAGGGCUACAUCCAGUGCAUAAGCUGGCAGCACUUGUACCUAAUUCACAACCUGGCAAGAGGGUACCAGCAGAACUACAACCACAGCUAUUUGGCGCUACGUGGCGCUGACGGUCAAUAGGGUAAUGCACUGUUGUGACAGAGACGUGAUGUCAAUUUGUAUUUGAGUUUUGACGUCAUUUUGACACAAUUACCAGAAUGAAAAUGGAGUGUCGCCCAUAGGGAUGUCGACACCCUGUUAUUAAAUUAUCAUCUGUUGUCCUGUUCAUUGUGUGUAUCACUUGCUUUUCUGGUUAGACUAGUUCCCAGACCUGACUGAUAGUGCCUGGUAGCUGGUCCACUUACGAGAUCCAAAUGGAUUAGACAUUACGCUAUGCCGAUAAGCUGUCCCAUUUAUCUGUUUACUUGCAUUUAAUUUUCGGAAAUGAAGAAAACAAGCAGAGUUCUUUAUGUCUGCACUGAUGGCAGCAUUGAUUGCCUAACUUGAUUGUCGAAAACUAUUGGCACUUCAAUGAGCACUUUCUGAUGGUACCAUUUGUAACAUGACCAUUCAUUGGAAAGCUCUCAAUGAGCACUGUCUGAUGGUGCCAUCGGUAGACCUACAGUUGUGACCAUUCAUUGAAAAGCUCUCGAUGAGCCCUCUCUGAUGGUACCAUUUGUAAACCUGGUAACAUUACCAUUCAUGGGAAAUCUCUGCGAGCACUUUUUGAUUGUAACAUAUGUGUUCAAUGGUCAGUUGUACAUUUCAGCUGCCCUUACAUGCUGCCAGUCAUUCCUUGGAACUAGUCAACCUCUGGUGUGGACAGUAUUUAUAUGAUGGCAGCAUAUCGUGCCAUUUAGAUUAGGGGCGCCCUCAUGUGGCCAAGAUGUAAACUCAGGAUUCGAUAGUGUAAUAUCAGGGAGAUUCAUCUCGAUGGGGUUAAAAUUAGAAUGGCCGCCGAUCGGUUCAAAAUGGCCGCCAGUUGGUUCAGACUUGCAAGUCCAGUUGCCUUGGUGACGCUACAGUGAUGGACAGCCCAGAGUCAACAGCUGUUAAGUGUGUUUGGUUUCCAGCAACGGUACAGGCAUAUUUUGACAUGAAGUUUGGUUCAAGAGCACUAUUGUGUGGCUUCAUUCACUGUCGACAUCGAUUUUAUUCUUCGGGCAAAACCAACUUUUGGUUGGCGCAUGGGUGAGUGAUCAGGUCAUAUUCUCAUUGCCAAGUUUUGGCGCGGACCCAUUGCUAUCUUUGGGAUUUCAUCACAGGACUAGUGCCGGACUUGUGGGCGAUGGCCCAACUGCAGUAGGUUAUUUUCUGUACAAACAACCUGUCUGUCUGAAUGAGUUUCAUAGUGUGCCACCUAUAUGGGCGACACAAGUUGCUACCGGGGGUGUCAACACAAUCUACCUUAUUCAUUUGAUUGGUCACCAUCUUAUUUUGCUGAACUUCAUGAUGAGUUAGGAGAGUGGAGGAAUUUUGUUCUGUUGUGAAACGUUUGGUCCGUUGACGAGUUUGAGUGUACAGUGUACUUGAGAACUUUAACGUCUUCUGUUUUCAGCAUUUCCUUUUCUAAUGAAAAGAGUAAGCAACUUCUUCUCACGAUUCUAAUAGUUUUGAGAUGUAGCGAUCAAUUUUCACUUCAUCAUUCAAACAAACACAGCUGAUAGAAAAAAUACCUCAUUUAAUAAUGGCAUCACCUAUUUAACCAAACGGACCAAUCAUUACAGUGCAUUUUAACUAUAAACUGUGAACAGAAUAGUCCAUUAUGAAUCUUAGGGGUGACUUUUAAAACCAAAUGUGACCUCAUUUUGUACACUCUCAUUGGCUUACUUUGAAUCUCAAAUUUGUUGAUGCCUCACUCAUUUGUUUUGAAGUUUUCUCAAAGUUGUUACAGCUGUUACAGUUGUAACAGUUGUUACAGCUGUCUGCAACCAAAGAAUGCCUGAAUAAAGCACCAUCAUACGGGGAAUUCUAAAACUAACAUUCUGAAGCAAGUUAACGAUUUCUGUUCAAUUCAGGGAAGGAAUAGUUAUGAUUUUUGGAGGAUUUCCAUCUAUUUCCCUCCUUAACCAUCGUCCAUGGACACAUGCAGAUUUUUCCUUCAUACGCCCAUGGACACCCGCGAUUAAGGGCUGACAUCUGAUGUGAAAGUGCUUAAUCGAAACAUUAUUCAACUUGAGCCGAUAAUCGUAGCCAAACUUCUGCUCAGUGAUGGAGUUAUCCGUUACAGACAAGUAAUGCUACAAAUUUCAUGUUGAAAUUGCCAAUUGCUGGAGUGCUAAAGGGUGAAAAGAUCUUAAUUUGACAGCAGAAAUGGAAAGAUGCCUCAGCUCACCGAAGAACUUUUUCAAAAUCUGACAAAAAAUAACCAAUCUUAUACUGUUGAAACUCUCUUUUGAAGACACCAUUGGUAAUGACAUACGCAGUCCUUAAUAGAAAGGUGUCCUGAUUACAGAAGUCCUGUUGUAUAGAAAUGACUCCUUUGGAACCAACAUCACCGUGACAGGGAGGUCCUGUGAAGCGAGUUGUCCGUCCACUGAAUAUUGAGACUCAAGUUAUUCAGUGGCGUGGAAUGGAUAGACUGAUAAACCCAAAAUGGUGGUGCUUUAAGAUGAUUUUAGUCGCACAUGGUCUCUUUUGAACUGAACUAUUCAGACUGAUUUAAUACCUCAGCAUUUAUAUUGUUGUUUUAUCUAGUGCAAGAUUUGUUUCGAGCCAUUUUGAAUUAAUUCCUUAAAGGCCCAGUGCAGCUGUGUAUUCAUUUAUAAAAUACAUAGUCUUGGUCACCGGUUGCGGGCUUUAAAUGCAAAAGAUCUGAUUUCAUGUAAACUUUGAUCAGUUUAUUCGGUAAACAGCAUGCUUAUUUUAGACUGUGAUGGGGCAAGUUGAUGCAGUUGAACAUUUAUUGGAUUCUUAAAGGCCCAGUGCACUGGUCUUUUUGUUUUACAGCAUGACCAAGUCCUGGCCACCUGUCACAGGGUUUGAGUGUCAAAGAUCUGAUUAGAUGUGACCUUUAAUCAAAUUGUUAGGAAAACACCAUAUCUAUUUGACAGUGAGUGCGAUCAAGGUACUCAUUUUAUGAGCAUGUUGUUUUUUCCCCUCAUUAAAAAUAUUAACUCUCAGCCCGCAUGCUGUAUAUACAAGGUCCGCCAUGUUUGAUUUUACAGCUGCAUUUCGUAUACUCACUGUUUUUCAAUUCAAAUUUCCUGCACUGUCACAUGAUGCCUUCACCUUAAAUACACUCGUGGUGACUCGAGCAACAUAUGACAAUGCGUUGACGAUCUUUCCAAUUAUAUUUGGGUUGGUAGUUAUCUAAUGGCGCUACAAUCUGUGCUAUCGUCUGCCGAUUUUGAAAGUCUGAUUUUCUGAAAUUCACCUCGGUUUUCAUAUCAAACCACACGAAACGAGUUUCGGGCUGAAAGAAUUAAUUUCAGUGCAGGAAAUGGAAGAUCUACGCCUAAUCAGACCAAAAAAUAACUAUUUGAGAGGCAUAGUUUUCAAUUUCAUAUUAGGGCAAUUUCAAUGACUGCAUUUUCACAUACAUUUUUUUGUUUAAUCUUUGCUCUGGGCCUGUUGCGUCCCCGCCAAUCAGUGAAAGCCAUGAGGUUGGACAUUGGCAAUGUUCAAUCCCGACCCAAGUUACUUUAAUGAUCAUUACAGUGUGUGUUUAGUUGACAUUUGAAAAUUAAAAUUGAGAACUUGAAAAUUUCCAGUUGAGUAAAUAUGGAAUGUACAUUGUUAACGAUCCAGUUUUGUAGACUUGAUAUGUACAAAUAUCAUAAAUGCAGGGUUGCAUGCAUAGUAACUGCACUUUGUCAAUGUUUAUUUCUAUUUUACCUGUGGUACAAGAAAAUACAAGGAACGCAAACAGUGUAUGCCUUUAAAGUCGGUAAUCCUUUUGGACCAUUUCACAGUAACAUGGAAAGUAAGGACUUUGAUUGGAGGCAAAUCUCCUACCUCACUUGAUAUUCAUAAGUAGCUAAUAAAUUAUUCAUAAGUUGCCUUAUUUAUGAAGUUCAGCAUGGUAAAGAUGGCACCUCAGUCUACCUCAGUUGGUCAUACCAGUUGCCCUUCUAGAACUAACUAGGCCAGCCAGACCAUGGGCAAGUCCAUAACAAAUAUAGGGGUGACAGAUGGAAUCACUUAGAAGUUUGAAAUCUCCAAAAGUUUGAGUUUUAAAUUUUACACAGUUUUAUGGCGUCGGUUCCGGAUGUUCAAAUAUGGGUUAAAAUGUUGACCAAUCUAACUACGGAAAUGGGGUGAGACUAAUGUUAUGAUUGACGUUAGGCAUUAUUGGUGUUUGUCUCAAAAGGUUCUACAGAAUUGGCUUUUUAACACACCGACAUGUCCUGAUUACUGUUCAGGGGCAAUUUUUAUCUCCAUUCACUGGUGACACUGACAAAAACAAUGUACAGGAAUGGCGGAGGCUUGUAAGAGCAGUUUCCAGGACAUCCUGGGCCCGGUUGUUAGAAAGCUUGUUAGCUUUAUAACAUCAUGUUGACAUGUUGUUUCAUGUACAUCAAUGCACAUGUACCAACAUGUCUGCAUGAUGUUAUAAGCUAACAUACUUUCUAACAACCGGGCCCAGCUGGGGCAAAUUCUACGUGGCCGUCAAUUCAAUCUCUGUCAAAGAUAGUAGUAUGCUGUGUGAUAAUCUUUGCAAAUCUUCACCAAGCCGCACCAUUGGUAACGUUUGCAAAGUGAGGACCAGCCUGGUUAGAGCAUACAUUUGAUCUUUUCUGGUUUUUACGAGGGUGAAGUCAGCACCAUCCUCUCAUUGGGAGAUGGAUCAGGUGUAAGAUUUCCCACCAUAUUUUACUUUUCGAGAUGAACCCCUGCUUCACAUUUCCAUAGUUAGUCUGUUCAUGUUGUAAAAAGCGAAAUCUCACUGUGUACAUGAUGUGUGUACAUGCAUAUGCAUGAGAACAAGGACCAGGGUUAUUAAUUAAGACUAGUGUUUUGUACCCAGUGACCAUAUCUGGUUGACGAAUAAAAACCUUUUAUUGGGAGGA